AUGGAUCUUCAGGGCACUCCUCUUCCUCACGGUAACCGCAGCACCAAGGUCACCAAUGACCCUCUUGCCUCCCAGCAGCCCAUCGAGGAGCCUUCUGGCCCCGUCGCUAGCGACUCUCUCGCCGCCCAGUCCAUCAAGCAAGGCGGUGGUUUCUCCGAGAACCGCGGUGCCGAGCCCAUGGGCGUUUCCGGCAACAAGUCUACUUUGAACAACACCGAUACAUCUGCCGCAACCGAGCUCCCUCCCGCUCCCGUAGGUGGCCUCCGUGAGGACCGCCAGCGACAGGAGAAGUACCCCGAGGCCCUUGGCGGACAGGGUAACUUCCCCGGUGCUCAUCACAGUGGCUACGUCGGCGGCCCAACCGCUGCGAAGAAGGAGAUGGGCAUGAACGCUGGCGAGUACUCGUCUGCCAGUGGCAGCGGCCGCAGCCAGUUCAACGGUGGCCAGGCCCCCUCCUACGUCAAUGACAUCACCCCCGGCUAUCAGCACUCCAAGCCUGCUGGCCGCAACAUCCACGAGGGUGGCUUCGAGGCCGACGACAAGAACAACGCUAGCUUCAACUCUGAAAUUGGCUCUGACCAGGACCCUGCUCGUGCUGCUAUCAACAAGUUCCAGCGUACGACUGCCGAGAGCGGCCCUGAUGCCGGUGGUCCUCGCCAGAGCAAGGUCGACAACCAGCAUCCGUUCCAGGCUCUGGAUGAGCAGCGUGCUUAA